UCCUAAUAAAAAAAUAAAAAAAGAACAGGCUCAUUUAUAUAGCCUGUUUUCACAUGUUUUUUUGGACCGAUGCUCCUUGCUUGUCUCCUGCUGGAAGACCAGCGACAGUAGAGCACACGCAGAGCGCGGGUCUAUCGAGAGUAGAUCCCGUGCUGGUGUGUGUGGACUUCACUGGCAGCUGCGGAAGGAAUCCUGUGUGCGCGACGCCAAUGCUGCCGCUGAACCCGUUCUGGCAAUCGCUGUCCACCGGCCGUAGUGCUGAAACAGACGCAUCGCUCUUUCCUCGGGUGACGUAGUCGUAAGAUUGUUGGGGGGCUCGGUUUAAAAGACAAGACAAGAGGCACAUAUUAGACCGUGGAUACACACAAAGCCACAUUCUGAGCGAGAGACAACAAUAAAAAGCAAACAGAUAAUUAAUCAUCUAAGAGAAGCACAAGAUCCAAGUGGCUGGACUUUUCUCCGCCCUCAGCGCAAGCACGUCGCCCUCCUUGCGGAACUCACCGGGAAUCCUUUAGGGAAAGACGAAGAGAAAAGGGACUCCAAGUCCAUGAGGUACGCUGAGAUAUAUAACCAGACAAAAGCAGGUUCAUUUUUCCAAACAAAAACCAAACAAUUUCACCGUGAUAAUGGGCUGUAUUGGCUCGAAAACCCCACUCGGUAAAUGUUGAAGACACUGUCGAGAUGUUGCCAAAAUCGAGAAGAGCACUUACAAUUCAAGAGAUUGCGGCACUGGCAAGGUCAUCAUUACACGGUAUCUCUCAGGUGGUGAAGGACCAUGUGACGAAGCCUACGGCCAUGGCACAGGGGCGGGUGGCACACCUGAUCGAGUGGAAGGGGUGGUGCAAGCCCACUGACUCGCCCGCCGCCCUCGAAUCCGACUUCAACUCGUACUCCGACCUCACCGAAGGAGAGCAGGAGGCCCGCUUUGCAGCAGGUGUGGCCGAGCAGUUUGCCAUUGCUGAGGCCAAGCUCCGCGCCUGGUCGUCGGUGGAUGGCGACGACUCCAAUGAUGACUCUUACGAUGAGGAUUUCCCCCCAGCAAAUGAGCCCCCCCAAACCACCCUGAGCACAGACACGAUGGCUUACCCCCACUACCUGCGGGACCUCCUACACAGCCACGUGUGUCAGCAGCUGGUCGCCCGCACGCCCUGCGAAGCAGAGAGCAGCGCCGAACCCUCGCCGGCGGGCGGCUCGCCCGACACCCUCUGCUCCAGCCUCUGCAGCCUGGAGGACCACCCGCUCCUGCGCGACCUGGGCUGCCCGCCCGCCUCGCCCGCCGACCUGGCCGCCAAGAUCCUGGGCGCUCUCCAGGGCGGGGAGGAGAUCCUGGCGCGCCUCCAGCGGGCCGGGGGGGACUGCGCGUUCCGGGGCCUCGGGCGAGGCGCGGGCGACGACUCCUCCUUCUCCGUCUCAUACUCCGAGUCCUACCUGUCCCCAACCGAGGACGAGGACCUGCCCUGCAAGGACUACGAGAGCGUCUGCCGGGACCUCCCGCAGGGGUACGCUACCCGCCGGAAGGUCUCCGACGUGGCCUCCUCCGGAGUGGUGUCGCUGGAUGAGGAAGAUGAGGAGGAGGAAGAGGAUGAGGAGGUGGAGGGGAGGGAGCAGAGAGACCAGUGACUCCUCUGUCCCUCAGGGUCUUUUUCAGUUGUUUUUCAUCCCUUACCCACCCAGCUAGUCUUAAUUUAUUUAAACCUUUUUUGCAUGUUUAGUUAUUCUUUAACCCUUUGUCUCCUCCUUCUUACUUGCCUUAUUCCACCCCCCUCCUCCCUUCCCUCUCCUCCUCCUCCCUCCUGCUUGGGUUGAUAUGUAUUAUAUAUAUUUUUGUGUCGCAGCGUCCAAACAAUCGUGUCAGUAGUGGGAGGGAUGGACUGCCACCUCUGGGUUUGGCACAAACCGGUCGCCUGUGGGUUUGGUCAAAGGCUUCAGAGCACACAGAGGUGGAAAGAGGGACAAAAACUGAGAAAACAAAAAAUUAAUUAAAAAAAUACUGAAAAUGAAAUAUGUUUUGCAUGUGUUGCAAGUGCUGAAAUGAACAUGCGGGCUGAUGUGGUCUUGAGCACGGUCUGUAAUUCCAGCUGUUAUGACCCCCCCCCCCCCCCUUUCCUUCAUCCUCCUCCCUCCCUCCCUUCCCUUCCAUUGACCAAAUCAUCUGCAAUGGAAACUCAAACAUUGCCACCUCAACCCUUCCCUUGCAAGAAAGACUGCAGCUGUUCAAAUGGCAUGGCUUGCUGAGUAUGCCAAUCUAUUAACCUGUCACUACAAAGUAUAAGCAAAUGCUGGAAUGUUCUUAAAUUGACAAGAUGUCUUUUAAAAAUAUUUCUCACAGAAUAAUUUAAAAGGGAUAUGCUUUUUCUUGUACUAGUUUUCUAUCAUUCAACAUGAUGUUAUUAUGAUAAUGAUUAUGAUUCUGACCAUAAGAAAAUAUUAUAGCUGAGGGGUUGAGGGGGAGCAGGCUUUUUGUGAUGAAUUUCUCUGAAGGAGAAAUUACAUUCAUGGUUGUCUUAAAAAAAAACCCAGAAUGUUCUUGAAGUAAACCUUCAGUGCUAGAAGUGCAAAGUUUGGUUAAAAAAAUGAAAAAAGACAAAAAAACAAAAACACUAGGUUUUAGUGAUGCAGUGAAGAAGAGGUGAAUUGUGUCUCAGAUUUUCUAUAUUUUUGUAUGCAUUGUCAUGCUUUGAUCUCCCUGACUGUGCGGCGUGGCUGUGUCCGUGAUUUGCACGAAGCUAAUGUGGCCGUAGGUUUCUCAUCUCUUUGUUAUCACUGUGUGAUAUGGUCUAAUGGAAAAAAAAAAAAACAAAUGAAAAAAAUCUGACUUUUUUUUGAAGAGGAUACUGUGAUAUUGUUUGUUCUUGUCACUGUCAUGUCCUUUACUGCAUGCAUUUUUCUUUUCAAUUUGUUAAUCCUUUCCUUUCUACAUGUUUCUGAGUUCUGCAUUCUUCUUAAUCCUCUGCUGUCAUAUCACAGUUUCUUCAUGCAUUUCUCCACUCAUCUCUCUCUCUCACACACACACACACACACACACGCACACAAA